AUGUCUGCAGGUAGCACAACACAGAAGAAGCAGACGCCCAAGACGGCCAUUGUCAUUGGCGCUGGGACCGGUGGCAUCGCCAUUGCCGCCCGCCUUGCCAAGGCCGGGCUUGCAGUCACGGUGCUGGAGAAGAACUCGUUCACGGGCGGCCGCUGCAGUCUGUUCACCACCGAGGCGGGCUUCCGCUUCGACCAGGGCCCGUCGUUGCUGCUGCUCCCUGGCCUCUUCCACGAGGCCUUUGCCGACCUCAACACCACCCUCAAGGACGAGGGCGUCGAGCUCCUGCAAUGCACGCCCAACUACGACAUCUGGUUCGCCGAUGGCGAAGUCUUCCGCAGCAGCACCGACACGGCGGCAAUGAAGCGCGAGAUUGAGCGCUUCGAGGGACCAGACGGCUUCCAGCGCUACCUGACCUGGAUGGCCGAGGCGCACGGGCACUACGAGACCAGCCUGCGGCAGAUCCUUCACCGCAACUUCACGUCGGUCGCCCAGAUGGCCGGCCCGCGUUUCGUGGCGGCCGGCAUCGGCCUGCACCCGCUCGAGAGCAUCUGGAGCCGCGCGGGCCGGUACUUCUGGACCGACCGGCUGCGCCGCGUGUUCACCUUUGCCACCAUGUACAUGGGCAUGAGCCCCUUCGACGCGCCGAGUACGUACAGCCUGCUGCAGUACACGGAGCUCGCCGAGGGCAUAUGGUAUCCGCGCGGCGGCUUCCACAAGGUGCUGGAGGCCCUCGAGCGCGUGGGCCGCGGCCUCGGCGUCAAGUACCGCCUCAACGCCCCCGUGACGCGUAUCCUGGCCCGCAGCGACGGCGCCAGGGCCACGGGCGUCGAGCUGGCGGGCGGCGAAACUCUCGAGGCUGACCUGGUCGUCGUCAACGCCGACCUGGUCUACGCCUACAGCAACCUGUUCCCCCAACAGGGCGCCGUGGGGGAGAAGACUGCGCGCUAUGCCAAAGACCUCCAGAAACGCGACGCCUCGUGCUCUUCUAUCUCGUUUUACUGGAGCUUUUCUAAGAAGUUGCCCCAGCUCGGCACCCACAAUAUCUUCCUGGCCGACGAGUAUAAGGCCUCGUUUGACGUCAUCUUUCAGGACAAGUCACUGCCUGACAACCCCAGCUUUUACAUCAACGUGCCGAGCCGGAUCGACCCGUCGGCGGCGCCGGCCGGGUGCGACGCCGUGAUCGCGCUCGUUCCCGUGGGACACCUAACAUCAGCACCCGAGUCCGCGCCGCAAGACUGGCCGGCGCUCGUAGCGAAGGCGCGGGCGGCAGUCCUCGCCAUCGUGCAGGCGCGGACGCGGUGUGAGGCGCUCGCGCCGCUGAUUACGCACGAGAUCGUUAACACGCCUAACACGUGGCGCGACAAGUUCAACCUCGACCGCGGCGCUAUCCUAGGGCUGUCGCACAACUUCCUUAACGUGCUGGCGUUCCGGCCGCGCACGCGCGCCGAGGGCCUCGCGGGCGCGUAUUUCGUCGGUGCCAGCACGCACCCCGGCACCGGCGUGCCCAUCGUGCUCGCCGGCGCCAAGAUCACGGCUGAGCAGAUCCUCAAGGACCACGGCAUGGCCAUUCCCUGGGAGCGGGCGGCUGCUGCUGCUGGUGGUCGUGGGACUUCUUCGCCUUCUGGCGUUGUUGCUGGUGAAGGGGGCAGCCGCCGCCGAGUCCGGGUGAGUUCGUUGGACCAGAUCCGCCCGCCGCUUUGGGUGUCUGAUAUGAAUCUGCUGCUGGGCGGAAUCAUCGGGGCCUUGGUGCUGCUGCUGUUGCUUGUUGCAGGACCAUCGUCGCUCCCGGCCUCGUUCCUCGGAGAUUGGUGA